UUUGUAUACCAUGUUUACCUACAAUAUUAGCUAAGUUCGUUUGACCGAUAAGAAAACAAGAGCAUUACUAGAACUUUGUAGUCAUUUGAAGUUUCUAAAUAAAUCUAAAAUGAACCUUCAACCGAAAGAAUAGAGCAGCUAGAAAAGAAAUAUCAGGCCAAGAAAGGGAUCAGAUCUUAGUUCAAUUUUGCAAAGCAAAAAUGAUCUCGCAGUUCUUCGUACUGUCUCAACGAGGCGAUAACAUCGUCUUCCGCGACUAUCGAGGUGAGGUGCAGAAAGGAUCUGCGGAGAUAUUUUUUCGUAAAGUGAAGUUUUGGAAAGAAGAUGGACACGAGGAGGCGCCGCCUGUCUUUAACGUGGACGGUGUGAACUACUUUCAUGUGAAAAUUGUUGGAUUAUUGUUUGUCGCAACAACAAGAGUUAAUGUUUCACCAUGUCUUAUGUUGGAGCUUCUGCAAAGGGUCGCUCGUGUGAUCAAAGAUUAUCUUGGAGUUCUCAAUGAAGAUUCAUUGCGUAAGAACUUUGUGCUUGUGUAUGAGUUGCUUGACGAAGUCAUUGAUUUUGGUUAUGUGCAGACAACUUCUACUGAAGUGUUGAAAUCCUAUGUGUUUAAUGAACCAAUUGUGAUUGAUGCUGCACGCCUACAACCUCUUGGCCCUGCUUCCAUUUUUAUGCAAGGUACCAAAAGAAUGCCAGCAACAGCUGUCACUAAAUCUGUUGUGGCAAAUGAGCCUGGUUGUAGGAAGAGAGAAGAAAUUUUUGUGGAUAUAAUUGAAAAAAUCAGCAUGACAUUUAGUUCAAGUGGAUAUAUACUGACUUCUGAGAUUGAUGGCACCAUCCAAAUGAAGAGCUAUCUUACUGGGAACCCAGAAAUACUAUUAGCUCUUAAUGAUGACCUGAGCAUAGGAAAAGAUGGGAGAUCGAUAUAUGAGUAUAGGAGUUCAUCUGGGUCAGGAGCUGUGAUACUUGAUGACUGUAACUUUCAUGAAUCUGUACGCCUUAAUAGUUUUGAUCUGGAUAGAACUCUGUCUCUGAUUCCGCCAGAUGGUGAAUUUACUGUCAUGAACUAUCGUAUGACCCAGGAGUUCAAGCCUCCUUUUCGUAUUAACACAUUGACUGAAGAAGCAGGAGCCCUUAAGGUUGAAGUGAUUAUAAAAAUAAACGCAGAAUUCUCUUCCAACAUUACAGCAAACACAAUUGUAGUAGAAAUGCCCCUUCCAAAAUAUACUACCAGAGUGGGAUUUGGAUUAGAACCUGGAGCAGUUGGGCAGAAAACAGAUUUCAAGGAAGCUACUAAGCGACUUGAAUGGGGUUUAAAGAAGAUUGUUGGUGGAUCUGAACACACGCUACGUGCAAAGUUGACAUUUUCACAGGAAUCACGAAAUAUCAUAAAAGAAUCUGGACCCGUCAGCAUGACUUUCACAAUCCCAAUGUACAAUGCUUCAAGGCUUCAGGAGUUUAACAGACUAGAGAAUCACCGUAAUCUGUAACAGUCAACCAGAUGAUAGUUCAGAUUAUGAUUUUUUGGAAUCCUUUCAAAUUAUGAUUUUUCCGCCAGUUUCUGUUCUCUGAGCAAGUCAUUUUGGAGUCAUGAUUGAAUUAUGGGCUUCUUGGUAGAAAUGGCCCAACUUGGUCACUGCUUUGAACCUUGAUGCUAAUAGCGUUGGAACACCAGCUAGUAGGAAGUCUUUAGUUCUGAGAAAUAUUUUAUUUUACGGGAGUGUUUACACCAGAAAUUGCUAAUUUUGUAAUAGUUUUAGUAACUACGAUGCUUUUAUUAGAGUUAAAAUCUUGUAGCAAGCCCACUGGAGGCUUCUCCUGUUUAUGAGGGAGGAGGGCUUUAUGCCGGUAUCUGUCACUGACUGAAUGACAGUUUACCAAAUAACAGGAGUUAAGAUUAUUACUCUGUGUUGAAGUCAAAA